ACUACUUUAAAAUUGUUCAAAGUACAAAACACUAUUUUACAUGAAACCUUAUCCUACAUGUACAUUGCAAUGCAACUAUCUAAAAUCUUCAGAUAUCCGUGGUAUUUAUUCAGUAUCCUUGUGUCGUGUUAUGGCAGUCUUAAAACGGGCUUCUCUCUACUUCAGCAUGGACACAGACUGGACGGGAAACUAAUCCAAUCCUUUGCGGAACUCAGUUUUCUUGACUGUGUGACGGAAUGUAUGAUGACACCUCGGUGUAAAUCUGUCAAUUAUUUCAAAGGGGCUAAUUUCUGUGAAAGCAAUUACGAAAAUAAGACGACAGCAGAAAAAAGGUACAUGGAGAGUGCUGGUUGGGUGUACAGUGAAAAGGUGCACUGGCCUAAACCUUCGCUGACCGUGUGCUCAGCUUGCGUUCUUCGUUUAGUUAUGCGAGUUGCUUUAGACAUUGAUUUGAGUUUCACGAUCUGGCUGGAGCUUGUUCAAACUCAACCUGUCAAAUCAGCGAGAAAUGUAGACACAAGAGAUAUUCUGAAGAUAAAUUCUUUGAAUGUGUUUAUAAUAUUCUGUGAGGACGCCAUUGGUAUACACAGGAGGAUACACGCCUCGUGUGCUGACGGAUACUCCCAGUCUGGUUCAGGACGACUGAUCUGUCAGUCAAACGGAGAGUGGAAAUACGACAUUGUCUGUGAAGAAGCUGCUUCCAACCUUGCAUUGAAUAAACCUGCAACACAGUCAUCAACGUUUACAAGGCCAGAAGCUGGACUGAACUACUCUGCCAAUUUGGCAGUUGAUGGUAACAACGGUACAGACCAGGUCGUAGACAAGUGUUCACACACAGAGGAUGGAGACACAAACCCGUGGUGGUCGGUGGAUCUGCAGGCUAUUUAUACCAUUAAAUCUGUCAGAAUAUUCAAUAGAGGAAUUGACAAGUGGGGAGUAGAUGUGUCCGACAGGCUGCAGAAUGUCACCGUCAUUGUAGGGCAGACAGAAUCAGAUGUCAACACUCCCUGUGGUUUCUUUGCUGGUCCCGGAACUCUGUCACAGCUGGUCGUCAUCGACUGUCAGACAUCACCACAGGGGAGAUUUGUAAAGAUCUCCAUAAUCACUGAGCAUCUCACUCUUUGUGAAGUUGAAGUGUUUGGAUACUCUGUCUAAUUAUUAUUGCUGAUAUCUUUUAUCUGAAUGAUUCUCUUUCCUUCUAAUCAAUUUCUAGUAUAUAGAUGUUCAGG